AUGCAUUCGGAAUGCGGUACUCCUUUGAUCUCCACCGUCCAUUUCAUUCUAUGUCGGCUUUGGUCUCGUAUAACGGUCUUCCCCGCAGUCUCUGAUCCUUUGCAUUCGAAAUGCGGUACUCCUUUGAUCUCCACCGUCCAUUUCAAACGACAGUUAUCUUCUUCACCGACACUCCCUCGAGAAACUACCCAAUUACGCGCGCUGAAGCUGAAACCCAAUCCAUCUCUCUCGUUGAGUACACUCGGAAACACGGUGUCGGCGCUGCAACCCGGGUUGACCGGCUUCUACCCCCACGCCCUUAAAGUCUCAGCCAAAUUGGGUCUCCUUAAGGAAGGGAAACAACUCCAUUCACGCAUGAUAAAACUAGGGUUCAAUAAUGUACUGCCUCUGCAGACUCAAAUGCUUAAUUUAUACGUUAAAUGCAAACAAUUUUCCGACGCGGAGAAAUUGUUCGAUCAAAUGCGUGUUCGAAACUUGGUGACGUGGAACACUAUGAUUUGUAAGUCGAAUCUUUGUUUGGGUUUUUCUUAUUUCAAGAAAAUGUUGAUAAACAAGGUAGGUUUUGAUCAUAUAACUUUGAAUACUUUGCUCCAUGCUUCCUCUGAGGUAAAGGGCGUUGUUUUUGGUAGAGAAUUGCAUUGCUUUAUAGUGAAAUGUGGGUUUUUGUAUGAUUCUUUUGUGAGCAGUGCUCUUGUUCAUUUAUAUGGGGAAUGUGGUCUGGUUGAAGAAGCGAGGUGGGUUUUCGAUCAAGUAUUUUGUAGAGAUUUGGUGUUGUGGAAUGUGAUGGUUUCUUGUUAUGCUUUGAAUUCUUUAACAAAAGAGGCUUUUGUGGUUUUCGAUUUGAUGAAGAAGGAAGAUGUUAAAGGGGAUGGUUAUACGUUUUGUUCUUUGCUUAAAUCUUGCUGUAUCUGGGGAUUUUAUGAACUUGGAAGGCAGGUUCAUGGUCUCAUCAUUAAACUUUGUUUUGAUUUAGAUGUUCCUGUGGCGAGUGCACUUGUCGAUAUGUACAUAACGAAUGGUAAUUUGUAUGAUGCUCAGAAAGCCUUUGAUGGAAUGACGGCUAGAAAUGUUGUGUCUUGGAACACUCUGAUCGUGGGUUAUGCACAGAGGGGAGAUAUGGAGAAGGUUAUGGAGCUUCUUAGAGAAAUGAGGUUACAAAAUUUCUGUCCAGAUGAAUUAACUAUGGCUAGCAUAUUUCAAUCUUGUGGUGUUUCAUCCAGCUGUGCUGAAUUGUUGCAAGUCCACACUUAUGUGAUUAAAAAUGGGUUUGAGUCCUUUUUAUCUGUUACAAAUGCUUUAAUACAUGCGUACUCCAAGUGUGGUAACAUUGAUGUUGCAUUACAAUAUUUUGUUUCAGUUUCAGAGCCUGAUCUUGUUACUUGGACAUCGAUUAUAGGUGCUUAUUCGUUCCUUGGUCAUUCAAAAGGAAGUGUUAUAGCUUUUGAGGAAAUGUUAGUUGCUGGUGUAAAGCCAGAUCAAAUUGCCUUUCUUGCUAUUCUUUCCGCAUGUAGCCAUGGGGGGCUAGUAAAUGAGGGGCUUCAUUAUUUCAAUAUAAUGAUGAAUGACUAUCGAAUUAUUCCAGAUUCAAAGCACUAUACUUGCCUCAUUGAUCUGCUUGGUCGAGCUGGCCUUCUCAAUGAGGCUUUUAGUUUUAUAACAUCUCAUCCCGUUGCAUGUACACCAGGCACCUUGGGAGCAUUCACUGGGGCAUGUAGCAUGCAUGGCAACAUAACAUUGGCCAAGUGGGCCGCAGAAAAGCUUGUUGUCUUGGAGCCUUACAAACCUGUAAAUUAUACUCUUAUCUCUAACAUAUAUGCCUCUAAAGGAAGAUGGUUAGAUGUGGAACGUGUUAGGAAAAUGAUGAGAGACUGUUGUGAUUACAAAAUUCCUGGUUGUAGCUGGGUGUAA